AUGCUGGGUCGAGUACUUCAGAUGCGUCCUCAGCCGUCCCUCCACAUUCUCCGACGACCGGCUCGCCAAGUGGAAAUCAACAUCGACCUGGACCUCCCUCCCUCCGAGAAACCAUCCGCACCAUGCAAAAACUCACCAGCGGGAAAGUACCAGGAUCCGAUGCGAUCUCAGCUGGAAUUUACAAGCACGCGACCGCUGGCUGAUGGAUCAUCUGACGGCGCUCUUGCAAGAUAUGUGGCGCUGCGGACAGGUGCAGCAGCACUUCAAGGACGCGACUAUCACUCAUCUCUACAUGCGCAAAGGGAACAGGCAGCUCUGUGA